AUGUGUCCCAUGGGGAAGGGCAGGGCAAUUAUUAUUGCUGCUGCUGCUGUCACGGUGAGUGUUGUGCCCGUCGUCGCGGGUUGGCUAGCUCUCAAGUCUGCUGCAAGAAAACGCGAGCUGCACGCCGCCGUUGCGGAGAUGGAGAAGGCGGAGGGGAAUACUGUCCACCUCCUCUCCUUCCAGCGGUGGGAACUCGCUCCCAGCGUUUCGCCCCCGUGCACUAAAGUUGAGACAUUCCUCCGGCUCGCAAAGAUCCCGUACGAGGUGCACGUCGUGCAGGACACCAGCGUCUCGCCCACAGAGUGUCCGUCGUGUAUUGUGCACAACGGAAGGCGUAUCGAAGAUUUCAAUGCCAUCGAGUACCUCACCACCGAAUUCCAGGUGGAAAUGGAUCAGGUACUCACAGAGGAGCAGAAAGCGAUUGGAACGUUGAUUAAAAGCAUGCUCGAGUACGAGUCGCGCGUUGCGUACUACCUCACAAUUACCGGUGAUGGAGCGCAUUGUGUCGUUUCACACGCUGCUCGCGUGUUCGGCCUCCCACGCGUCCUUGUCAUGUUAUUUGUAUGGAAGCUGCGUGGAAAGGUCCUGCGUAUCGCUGAUCUUGUGGGCCUGAGCCCCAGUAAGGCGCAGUACGAGGCGGAAUACCUGCGUGACUUCCAGGCGAUUGAGCACAUCAUUGGAGAUAAGGCGUUUCUCUUCGGUGACACGCCUUCCUCCCUGGACUGUGGGGUGUACGCGGCGCUGCUACCGAUCGUCAUGCUGCAGGAGGCAAGGCAGGUGAGUGCGCCAUUCGCAUAUGUGGCGCAGAGCGAAGUACUGACGGGCUACGUGCAGCGCAUGUCACGCGCCGCCUUCCCCGAACGUGACAAACUGCUGGGAUAA